AUGGGAAAUUCGAAAUCGAGACAGCUGACGGAGAAAGAAAAGAUGCGACAGAGUCGACUGCAGCACGUCGAUUACCUGCUGGAAUGUUCGCCUGAUCUUGCAGACGACAUAAACUCUUCAUCCAGUGAACACGGUGGUGCCUACCAUUGUGAAGUAGACUGUCUGGCAACUGCCGAGGACCUCAAGGAUUAUGAAUUUCCCUUUGAAAAUCUCAUCUUCGAAGGUGGAGGCACUAAAGGCCUUGCCUACUGUGGAGCUGUUCAGUUCUUGGAAGAAAUUGGACAGAUGACGAAAAUUUGCCGAUUUGCCGGUGCUAGUGUGGGUGCCCUAACGGCAACGUUGUCUGCUGUUGGCUACACUUCUGCUGAACUGGAAGAUUUUUUCAGUCAAGAUAACAGCAAUUUAUUUUUGGAUCAUCAAUGUGGAUACUUCAGCCUGCUGCCAAAUCUUCUGAGAAGUUUCGGGUGGAAUCCAGGAAACAGGAUAUAUCAGUGGUUGGGUUACAAGCUGGAGGCUAAAACUGGGAGUCCUGACGUCACAUUUGAACAGCUUCUACGCAUAACAGGAAAAGAGUUGUGCAUCGUUGUAACGAAUCUGAACCAAAUGAACACCGAAUAUUGCCAUCCGAAAACAACACCGGAAAUGCCCGUGAGACUGGCACUGCGCAUGUCAAUGGCAAUUCCAGGUGUAUUCAUGGCGAUCAAGUACACUAUGCACAAUCACAAAGACACGUUCGUUGAUGGUGGAUGGCUAUGCAACUACCCUAUACAUUGUUUUGAUGGUUGGUAUCUGUCCAUGGCUCCAGAAGAUAGUUUCAUUCGCAGGCUGCAGCCGCUGAAGGACUUGUCAAAACUAUUUGAUAAGACGCAGAGAUUUGGCAGUGUUAAUAAAAACACGCUAGGGUUUCUGCUGCAUGCAGACGAUGAUCGUGAUCUUCUGAAAUUUGAACUGGAUAAGAGAGUAGGUGUGCAAUGUCCAAAAGUACCAAAGGAAAAGACGAAACUCUACGAACAAUGCUUGAAGCAGAAGACGUACAUGGAUAAGGCAGAACAUGAGAAUAAAAGGGUAGCCAAAGCCGUGGAUGCCUUUUUCAAGGUACUGUUGAAGCAUAAUCUCGACCAGAAUGACGUCAUUGACCGCACCGAGCUGGAAAACGCCUUCAAAGACGAAACAGAGUUUUCGAGGGAGCAGGCGGAGCUGUUAUUUGGGAAGGACGUCACAGUGGACAAAGCGUUUGCGAUCCUCGAUCAGGAUGGAAACGGACAGAUUUAUCACAACGAGCUAGUCCGUUUUGUGGAAGAAACAGGAAUCUGUUUGCAGUGUCGGAUCGCUGGAUUCCGAAGACAAGAAGUGGACACUUUCUUCAUGUUUCUCAACUCCCUGCAGAAUUCACUGUUAACUAACAUGACGAAAAUAUUCGUCGAGACGAGUGAUAUGCAGAGAACUGUGGGUAUUAACACAGGUCACGUGGGUUCGAUAGAUUUUGUCCUGGAAGACGCUGAUCAAGAGUUCCUUGUUGAGCGGGGAUACAACAGUACACGAGCAUUUUUUCAGUAUUACGUUACAGAGAAUGGUCUGCAGAAACGUCAGACACAACCAGCCGACAACGAGGGGACAUCAAACACUGAGAUAAGUCACGAAACAGAUUUAGCAGACAACGAGACAUCGGAUAAAAAUCCACUCAUUGUGGAAGAAACUUGAUUCAAGUCAUAGGUGCAAGACAUUUUGGACAUUGCGACAAGAGUACUGAAGUAAAGAUACAGUUACGAGUACUUCUCAAACUAGUGACCAGACAUUUAAGGUGUCCUUUAUAGGAAUUUCAUGGACUCCUGUACUCUUGCCUUAAAUGCCAACAAACGAUGUAACUUGUGACAUAGGACGCAGAUAGUUCUUUAAUUUUGAUCCUGAUUGACAUCGAUUUUCUCAUUUUGUUUCCUGUUGAACGUAUACCCAUCGUAACUUGGUAAAUAUAAAACAAAACAAAACACCCAAAAACAUAUAAACAUGUUUUUGGUAACUCUUAAAAUAAAUUUAAAAUAAUAAAGCUUAACAAAUACAAUUAACUCGCGUUAUUGGCUUUAAUUAUAUUUUAAAAUCUUCAUAUUUUAAGUAUAUCUUGUUACAUACUACUUCGAACAUAUAUGCCGCUUCG